CUUGUCGCUGCAUGUGCACCUCUUUCGGUGAUAGCACAGAAUACCUUAUCGGUCCCCUGAAAGCAACAAUAGCAUUGUCUGCGACAAGGAUAUCUUAGGUAAAAUGGCGUAGCGAUGAGUAAACUCCAUGUGAUGUCCCCACAAUACAACGGAGCAUUCCAGUUUCUUUCCCUGAAGCUCAUCGCUCAACAUAGCAAAGUUCCAUGUUCUGCUGUUCCCGUGAAAAUCUGACGUGAGACGUUUCACCCGCCGCUUCUACCACGACAUCGUUCAGGUCCAGGGUGUCGAAAAACAGCCAUGGAUCGUUGCUGGAUGGUGCCGGUUGCAAUGGCUGCAUCUGCAUUCCUGAUAUGCAUGCCCUGGACAUGGUUCGGGGUCCUCCUCGUAUUUUUCGUGGAAAAGUUUGGUAUAACGAGGGAGACGGCUUCAUGGCCAAAAAGCAUCGCCACUAUGCUAAGCCAGCUUUCAGGAUUGGUCGUCUAUGCCCUUCAACGACGCAUCAAGACAUUCUACAUCGUGUUGCUUAGCACGAUUCUCACAUCUGCGGCGUUUACCUUGUCGGCGUUUGCUCCCAACAUUUUCUGGAUGACAAUAACAUUAGGGGUUAUUCACGGCUUGGGACAUGGAAUCUUCCUCACAUCGUCCACCAUAUACACACUGCUGCAUUUCAACAAGUACCGUGCCAUCGCCACAUCCUUCAUUUUCAUCGCAUUUGGUUUGUCAGCUGUAGUCAGCCAGUUCGUACUCACCGGGCUGGUGGAAGUUUAUUACCUGGAAGGAGCACUCUUGUUGUACGGGGCAAUUCUCAUGAACUCAUUCGUGAUUGUUAUGUUGGCCAGGAACCCUUCCCCAUUCAGACUUGGUGGCAAACGAAACAGCCCUGGAAUUGUUGAAGAUGCACUUUUCAAGGAGCGGAGUUAUGGAGCUACAGGCGAUGGCAACGCAUUUCCCAAAAGUUCAGAAAAACGACGGUGCUCCGACCAAACAGAGAAAGCGACACAGCCCGAAAGCAGUACCUUGAAGCAAGUCCUGGCCCUCUUCAGCAUGCCUUCAUUUUACGUCCUUCUUGGAGCCAUCCUUGUUGGAGACUACAGUGGCGUCGAGUUCCUGACGACAAUCGUCGAUUACGGGAUGGACAAAGGCAUCGAGCUUGACAGCGCGACAAAUUUGGUGACGUUCUCUUCAAUAGGCCAACUUGUGGGCCGAAUCGGGGUUCCACUGCUAGCGGACUGUUUGCCUUCAACCCGCCGACCUCUGUACGCGUUUAGCUUUGUAGUAUUCGGCGUCUGCAUGAUGGCAAUGCCACAAGUGACUUAUAUUGCGCCGGCGGUAGCGUUAGCAACCCUGGCGGGAAUGGCGCAAGGAUACAUCUUGUGCAUCCGAUUCGUGCUUCUCGCUGAAUACCUUGGUGUGGAGAGGACUGCGGCCUCCAGUGGUAUCAUCGGCGUGGUCAUGGUGCCGGUGUCGUUGGUCAGUCCAGUAAUCAUAGGAAAAUUUCGGGAUGCAACCGGAUCGUACGACAGCUACUACCAGGUGCUGGGAAUCAUCAACUUGGUCACCGCUGUUUUCUUCGCUACGUACGAUUUCUGCCAGAAGAAGAGUCCAACAGGUGUUCACUCUUAAUAAAUUUUGCCCCAGCC